ACAGAGGGACUCUCCAGCAAAACGGAUUAAGGAGACGAAACCUGUCCCGUCAGCGGAUUUGAACUGCGCGAGGACUCAGAUUUCCACAGGGAAAAUAUAGUUUAUUUAUAUGUUUAUUUUUAGAAUUUGGCCUUAAGAAACUCCGAACUCUGUAACCCGUCACCAUGGGUAUCUCAGAAGUACUUAACAAACUUCGAGAUCGCGCAGAUAAAUUUCUAAAUGAGAAAAACAUGGUUACAGAUUUCCUUGGAAAACUGGAGGAGAAAACGGGAAUCAAGAAAAAAAUUAUUGCCCUAGGUGCAGUGUCUGUGACGGGACUGUAUUUGGUAUACGGCUAUGGCGCCUCCCUCCUCUGUAACAUGAUUGGAUUUGUGUAUCCUGCAUAUUACUCAAUCAAAGCCAUCGAGAGCACAAACAAAGAAGAUGACACAAAAUGGCUGACCUAUUGGGUCGUCUACGGAAUCUUCAGUUUGGCGGAAUUCUUCUCUGACAUCUUCCUCUACUGGUUUCCUUUCUACUAUGCUUUCAAGUGCCUGUUCUUGUUGUGGUGCAUGGCCCCCGUCACGUGGAACGGCUCUCAGAUUCUGUACAACCGGGUGGUGCGGCCCUUCUUCCUCAAGCACGAGGCCACCGUGGACAGCAUGGUCAAUGACCUCAGCGGGAAGGCCAUGAAUGCAGCCGAGUCCGUCACCAGAGAAGUCCUUCAAUCACUGGUGAAAAACAAGACUAUAGUACCACAAGCAUCAGGGGCCAAAGGCUUACCCAGCACAUCAGGGGCCAAAGGCUUACCCAGCACAUCAGAUGCAUCAGGGGCCAAAGCCUUACUCAGCACAUCAGAAUCAGCUAAGAUUAUCAAUGAGUUGAUCUACACUGAACCCACUGUAGACUAAUGACCAACAGGUAGAGGCAUCCCACCAAGACAAGUCUCAGUGAUGGUACUGAUGACAGUAAACCAAACCAUGCCAGGUUCACAGGAAAGACUUCGGGUUUCCAUGUUGAAUUGCAAACUGCUGAACCACUAAUACUUAUGAUUGGAAAACAAUGACACAAGUCUGACAGAGAUUGGGAUACCAUUACACAGACAGAUAACGGGACAGGAAAAAAACAUAACCAACGUAAAAUUCUGCUUUAUAUCGACCAAAACCAUUGCAACUGAAAAACACUUCACAUCCGCAAGGUUGUGGGUGGUUAGUUGAAUGGUAUGCAAUGUCUGAUAUUUUGACCUUAUCAUCACCUGAUUAGAGUAACUGAAUUUAAACUGGUCUUUGGUUUACAAUCAAUGCAGUGUCCUUGUCUGCAGGAGUGUGUGGGCUCAAUGCUUCAACAAUAGCCCACAGUGUUCUGGUCUUGGACUUCAUUGCUUUAGUUUUCACUGUUGUUCUUUGUUUCUUUUUGGACAUGUUUUUCUCUCUUUGUGUCUUGUAACAGUUUUGUAGUCAGAUCUAGGCCAUAUGAAAAUGAAAUUGACACAUACCUCUACUGUAAGUUAGAAAUGCAUUGGGUCUUGGAAUCCUAGUGAUAUUGUCCAAUGGUAAAUACUAGUACUGUGUAUUUAACCAAUCAUUUAAGUUGAAGGAGAAAGGGUAAUAAAUGGUACGUCAUGAGUUAGGCAAUUAAGUUAUUUCAAAAACAGUCCUUUAUUCCAUUUAUUAUACAUGUACAUAUGUUGUACUCUCAAAAGGAUGUAAAGUAAGUUGUACCUUGUGUAUCAAUAAAAGUGUCCUCUUUUUAUUCAGUGUAUUGCUUGUCAUUAUGAUGAUCACUGAUUCUUUGGCAUGGAUCAUAGGAACUAAUGCUGCAUUCAAAGCAACUGGGAACUCGGAAAAAUACGAGAAAAAUCAUGACGUCAGUGAUCUUCCGGUCUAUGAGUCAGAGCUCUAAAAAGAAUUGUGUGGUUUGCUGCUUAAGACUGUGUGAUAACCUCUAUAUGCAAUAUUCCAGUCAAGGGAAAAGUAACAUACCUUGGGAUUACCAUAUCUAAGGAUCAACAGGAAAGAUGCUCAUUAGAUUGUAUACCUAUUAUUGAAAAAAACAAAAAUAAGUUUAAUCAUUGGUUUCAUAGGGAUUUAUCCUUGAAAGGUUGAGUAUUAUUUUCUGAAGGUAUCUCCACACUUACUUAUGCAGCCCAGUCCCUAUAUCUUGACAACAAAAUAGGUAAAGCGGUUGACCAGGUGCUUUUCAACUUCAUCUGGAAAAAUCAUACACACAUUAGGAAAUCUGUCGUUAUGAACUCGUAUGAAUAUGGUGGUCUCAAUUUUUUAAACAUUUUCCUACUUUGAAUAAUACUUAAGAUAAAUUGGGCUAAACAUUUUUUAAAGAAUCCAACUUCAAAUUGGAAUUUCAUCCUUCAUUAUAUCUUCUCCCAUUUUGGUAGCCUCAAUUUUGUUACUUUGUAACUGUAACAUUGAUAAGACUCCUGCAAAUGUAACAGUUUUGCUUCCGUCCCUCUCCUCGCCCCAGGGACUCAAAUCAACAACAGCCACCCUCAAAGCAUCGUUACCCAUCGCUCCACAUUAGCCAUGGCCCUUGCAGGGCAAGGGGAACAACUACUUCAGGUUAACUAGCUAGCCAUUUCACAUCGGUUACACAAAAUUAUCUGCUUUUCACAGAGAAGUAUUCUUAGCGUGGUCAUUAAUAUAUAAACAUAAUUGUUCCCCGCAUAGGUAUUUCAUUUGGUUCAAUAAGGACAUUUUGUAUAGAAACAAGUCUUUAUUUUUUAAGAACUGGUUCAAUUAUCACAUCCUGCUGGUGAGUCAACUUUUUAAUGCAGAAAGAUUGUCACUCAAUUAUGAGGAAUUUUUAUCUUGUUACAAUAUCCCUG